AUGGGCAAAUACGACAAAUUACUGGCCCCCUCUGAAUGGGAUGGGUCCUAUCACGAUAGCGAGGCCACGAUAGUUGGGCUUGAUGGUCGUCGGAACAAGGGCUCUGCUCCGCGGAAGCGGACGGAGAGGAAUCAUCAACUGUUGGAGGGCAUCAAGAAGAGGGCCAGGUAUGCGGUCACUCGUCCCUUCCCUUCGCGGAGUCAACUAAUACAAGGCAGGUCGAACCGAAUUUUAGCAGGUCACCACACAGGAGCCGAAGAGGACGAACCGGACGAGGACGAGGACGAACCGGAAAAGGACGAGGACGGAAUGGAUGGGAUAAUUGCUGGUGUGGAAAUGGAAGAGACCCCGCAGUCUGAUUUCUCUGGCCCUAGGCUAGGUCAGCAGAUUCAGGACCAUGCGAAUGAAGCUCUCCGACGGCAGGCCUCUGUCGAUAUCGUCGAGCAGGAUGGGUGGGUUGGGGACAAUGGUAGUGACUUCAACGCUGCUUCUACUGCGCCAGAUGGGCAGAUGAAUCAGUCGUGUGAAAGUGGGUCUUCCCGAGGGCAGAAUUCUGUCGAUCAGGGGAGCAUGGACUGGCUUGCCUCAGCGCUCGAUGACAAGCCCCUAAGUCAAGUACGCCGCGCUCCUCCGUCUGAACCUCCAGGUUUCUCGGAGGCCGGUGCACAAGGGCUGGUACGAGGUUGGCUUGAGGCCGCAGGCCGGGAUAGAGAAGCAGGUGCGGUCGCGGUGGACGAGGACGAGGACGAUACGCCGCGGCUACCGGUCGGCCGACCUAGAUACGACAAGGCCAUUGAGCAUGGCUAUAUCGUGGCCGUGAAGCUAGCGUGGCAACAAGCGUUGAAGGACAUACCAUCCGUGGCCGACCAGCUCACUGAACCUUACUGGCUAUGGUACGGUCACAGCGUCCUCCUUAGCAUGCAAAAGGACGUGUUGAAGGCAGUCGCCUCUGGAAACCUGGCCGCAUUAUACUGGGGCCGCGAUAACGAUACUGUGAGGGCCAUGUUUCAGGACGACAGUUCAUGGAUGAAGCAGGGCAACGUCUUGGCCCCGGUCGUCUACAUAUUGUGCUUGACCAACAAGGAGGAAGGAGGUCGUGCGCAUACUCCGGACGAGUUGCGGCUGGUCAUAGACGACCUUCGUCGCUACGGCGACAUCGCCGAGUCAAUGCACACUCUCGAGGUCGACAAUGCCUAUCAGCGAGUUUCCGACAUGACAGAUAUCCGGGCCGGCAAGCCUCUGUUCUUCUGCAAAAACGGGAACAAUGGCCGGAAACGCACUCGCUAUAAGCCCGAGGACAUCAAAAGCUUUUGCGACGCUCUUGAUGUGCGUCUUGGACGGCUCUCGGCCGACGAGAUGGACGGGCCAUUGCGUCGGCCUCUGCAAUACGUUGGUCGUGCACAAAAGUUUAUCGACCGGCAAGAACAACAUACACGGGGCGACAGAAGCAACUGGCUGAUGCAGCUUGUGAAGCACGUCUGCAACGUGCGUUGUCCAGGUCAAUUCACUCUGGACGCAUUCCCGGUCUGCUACCAGGUCAAUGACGACGAGGUCGCGUGUGCUGAGAUGCUGCUGGCCUUGAUCGCCAAUAGUUGGGUCACCACCGGAGGCGGGUUCAACAGGGCUGCUCCAGGGCUCCUUGGGUCCGGCGUGUACCAUGAGGACCAGUCGGUUGUAGACAGUUGGUGGGCCGAGCAAGAGGACUUUAGGGACCUUAUGGCCUUCUGGGCCGCAAACGAGCCCGCGGAGGCUGCAUUCACAGAGAAGGCCAUAGCUAUGAACAGACGGGGCGAGAAAUACCCCUCUGCAGAGUCUAUCAGCACCCAGGACCAAGAGUUGGCCACAGUCACUGAAGGUCUGGCAAGGGAUAGGGCAGAAAUUGAGCGACUUGAACGCGACAUGGCCAAUGAGAUCGCUAGGGUCAAAAAGGAGCUCCAAGAAGAAUUGGGCGCUGAAUGA